AGAAGAUGCCGUGGCGCUAGUGUUGGAAAGUAUAUUUUCUUGUUGCACACGCACAGAGGUUGUGUUAUCGUUUUUAAUUUUUAAUUUUUUACUAGUAAAACACACUUUCUACAUCUAUAUAACUUACUCUACAAGAUGGAUAAGUUCCAGAAGAUGCCUAAGAUUGCAAAGGUAAAAAACAAAGCUCCAGCUGAGGUGCAAAUUACAGCUGAGCAGCUUUUGCGGGAGGCCAAGGAGCGUGAUUUAGAGAUUCUUCCACCGCCUCCAAAACAGAAGAUUUCAGAUCCCACAGAGCUUAAAGAUUAUCAACAGAGAAAACGAAAGUUUUUUGAGGAUAAUCUGCGAAAGAAUCGAAUGGUGGUCAGCAAUUGGAUAAAAUAUGCACAGUGGGAAGAGUCCCAAAAGGAAAUUCAGCGUGCCAGAUCAAUCUGGGAGAGAGCUAUUGAUAAUGAUCACAUGAACAUCACUAUUUGGCUUAAGUAUGCAGAGAUGGAGAUGAAAAAUCGACAAGUGAAUCACGCAAGGAAUCUUUGGAAUCGCGCUGUGACCAUUCUUCCUAGAGUCAAUCAAUUUUGGUAUAAAUAUCUCUAUAUGGAAGAGAUGUUGGAAAAUAUUGAAGGAGCAAGGCAUGUUUUUGAGAGAUGGAUGGAGUGGCAACCGGAAGAGCAAGCAUGGCUCACAUACAUUAAGUUUGAAUUGAGGUAUAAAGAAACAGAAAACGCACGAAGAGUGUUUGAGAGGUUCGUGAUGGUGCAUCCGGAAGUGAAAAACUGGAUAAAGUUUGCUACCUUUGAGGAAAAUAAUGGCUUUAUAUCUAAUUCCCGAAAAGUUUACGAGAGAGCUGUCGAAUUUUUUGGUAAUGAACAUAUGAGUGAGAAACUCUUUCUUGCUUUUGCUCGUUUUGAGGAAAAUCACAAGGAACACGCUAGAGCCAGAGCAAUUUACAAAUAUGCUCUCGAUAAUCUUCCUCAAUCCACCUGCAAAGACAUUUAUCGUGCCUACACAAUUCACGAGAAGAAAUUCGGUGAUCGUGUUGAUAUAGAAAAUGCCAUUAUAUCGAAAAGGAAACUCCAAUAUGAGCAAGAACUCAGUGAAAAUCCUACAAACUAUGAUAUCUGGUUUGACUACAUACGUCUGCUCGAAAACAAUGAGGAUGAUAAGACCAUCAGAGAGACUUACGAAAGAGCAAUUGCUAAUAUUCCACCAACGCAAGAAAAGAGUUUCUGGAGAAGAUACAUCUAUCUUUGGAUUAACUAUGCUCUUUAUGAAGAAAUGAAGGUACACGACGAGGAGCGAACCAGAGAAAUAUACAGAACUUGCCUUCAGAUUAUUCCACACAAGAAAUUUACUUUUAGUAAAAUCUGGAUCUUGUAUGCACAAUUUGAAAUUCGGUGUAAGAACCUCAAGACAGCACGGAAAUUCCUUGGUAUGGCAAUUGGAAUGUGUCCCAGAGAUAAGAUUUUUCGUCAAUACAUAGAAUUAGAGAUACAGUUGAGGGAUUUCGAUAGAUGUCGUAUGAUCUACCAGAAAUUCUUAGAAAACAGCCCAGAAAAUUGUACGACAUGGAUCAAAUUUGCAGAAUUAGAAACUCUUCUAGGGGAUUUUCAACGAGUUCGUGCCAUCUUUGAGUUAGCCCUACAGCAACCACGUUUGGAUAUGCCGGAACUUCUGUGGAAGGCUUACAUUGAUUUUGAAAUAGCCCAGGGGGAAGAUGAGAUGGUAAAGACUCUCUAUGAGCGUCUACUAGAGAAAACUGUUCAUUUUAAAGUAUGGAUUUCGUAUGCAAAAUUCCUCAUAAAAAUUGGAAAUGAUCCUGGUAAUAUUCGAAAGAUCUUCGAUAGAGCUAAUGCAUCUCUCAGGAGUGCAGCUGACAAUGAUUCAAGGGUGCUACUCCUUGAAGCAUGGCGAGAUUUUGAGAAAGAGCACGGUACUGAGGAAUCUCAGAAGAGUAUUAUGGAAAAGAUGCCACGAUGUGUGAAGGUCAGGCAGAAGAUUGUCACUGAUGCUGGACACGAGAGAUGGCAGGAAGUCUUUAACUAUAUCUUCCCUGAAGAUGAUAAUUAUAGACCAAAUAGCAAACUUCUGUCUGCGGCUAAAAGUUGGAAAAAAAACAAGGAACAGGACACGUAAGAUUUCUCUCCUUGAGUUUCCACGUUCGUUGGAGAAUAAAGAUUUAUAAUAUAAAGGUA